AUGAACGCCAUUGAAAUGAUGGGAACGAAAAUAUCAGCAAGUUUGCACAAGAGCCUCAACAGUAGCCGUGGUGUGGUGUCGCUAAGGGAACUGAUUGAUGUUCCACCAGAGGAAAUUCUCGAGAACCUGAAAGAUCAGAACGUGAUAGAUGUAUCCACAAACUUGGUGACCCGACUCAUGGACACCGCCGGGACACAGAGCGGCCUAAGCGGUCAGGGUGAAGCCUCCGACGUAUCGUCAGGCCCAGCUGUCCUACAAACCGUCCAGCAAGUCCGCCUCCCGCCUUUUUGGACCAAAAACCCAAAAACUUGGUUCCGUCAAGUUGAGGCACUCUUCCACGCCCGCCGGAUCCAAAGUCAAAUGACUAAAUACUGUGAGGUACUCCCCUUGAUUCCUCCUGACCUGGUGGACGACAUCGACGACGUACUCUCCACGGUGCAGGCAGAUAGAGCUUACGAUACCCUGAAAUCCGCCAUCCUCUCUCGUACUGAGAUAUCGGAGCGCGCCAGGAUCCAGCAGCUCCUAACAUCCGAGGAGCUAGGAGACCGUCGCCCGUCGCAGCUUCUCCACCGGAUGAAGCAGCUGCUUGGACACUCCGCAGACGACCAUGCACCGAUAUUACGGGAAUUAUUCCUGAAUAGGCUUCCGCACGAGGUCAGGAUGAUCCUUGCUGGCAAUGACGACGUGUCGUUGGAUCGACUCGCCGAACUUGCGGAUCGAAUUACAGAUUAUGCUUCCGCAAGCCUUGCCCCCGUCCGUUCGCCCGCGGUUCCAGACAGCCCCUCGACCCCGGACUUGCAAGCGGCAGUGGCCCGCCUGACGGACGAGAUGUCUAGGAUGUCAUCGCAGAUGGCUGACUUGCGCACAGCGUUGAACCGCCGAUCCCGAGAUCGAGGGCAAUCAAGAAACCGGUCUGCGAGUCGUCGACGCGCCUCGAGCCCAACGCAAGCGUCACAGCAUGCUCCAGGAAGCCCUCGGUACUGCUGGUACCACCGUCGUUUUCGCCACCGAUCAACGCGCUGCGAGUCGCCUUGCGACUGGCAGGAAAACCCUCAGGCCGGUCGAUAA